AUGAGAGUAUUAGCACUCGCACUAUUUUCUGUAGCUACUGCGCUUCCAUUGUUUAAACGUCAAGAUAGUGAUGUUGCUGUUGAUAUGUCUGACAUUCAAAAAUUUAAAGAAGCCCAGAAUUCACUACCAGAUAGUGGCACGUACAGACUAGACAUAGUCCCUGGUAGAAAAGAUGGAGAAUCCAGUAUUGAACUGGUCCCUGAUGAGGAUGGUAGUAUUAUAGUACAAAAUAAUGAGUCUAACGGCUUAUCAAGCCAUGGUAAUGGUACUGCCGUCGUCGAAUCCCACAAUGGCGAAACUGAAGUACACAAUGACGACAACGGCGAUAAUGAGAGAAACAAAGACGAUAGUAAAUAA